AUGUCUGCUGCUAACUGGACCUUCUUCCACCCCUCCGCUUUCAUCCUCGUAGGCAUUCCAGGACUGGAAGCCUUUCAUGUCUGGAUCUCCAUUCCUUUCUGCUCCAUCUACAUUUUCUCUGUUCUUGGGAACUGCCUUCUUUUGGCAGUGAUUAAGACCGAGCCAAGCCUCCAUGAGCCCAUGUACCUGUUCCUGUCCAUGCUGGCCGUUGCUGACCUGGUUGUCUCCACCACUACCUUGCCCAAAAUCUUGAGCAUUUUCUGGUUUGCGGACAGAGGCAUCCAUGCCGAUGCCUGCCUGGCCCAGGUUUUCCUGAUCCAUUCCUUUUCCACCAUGGAGUCGGGGUUCUUUGCUGCCAUGGCCUUUGACCGCUACGUGGCCAUAUGCAACCCGCUGAGACACUCCAGCCUCUUGACCAGCGCUGUUAUUGCCAAGAUAGGCCUGGUGGUCGUGAUCCGUGGGGCCGUGCUUCUCUGCCCCCACCCCUUCCUGCUGAGGAGGCUCCCUUACUGCAGAGGCAACGUCAUCGCUCACACCUACUGUGAGUUCAUGGCCUUGGUGAAGCUGAGCUGUGCUGACACCCAGGGACUCAAAGCCUACAGCUUGACAGUAGCCUUUCUGACUGGAGGGCUGGACUUCAUCCUCAUCAUCCUCUCCUAUGUCCUGAUCCUGCGGACUGUCUUCCAGCUUCCCUCCAAGGAGGCGCGGCUCAAAUCCCUGGGCACCUGUGGCUCCCACGUCUGUGUGAUCCUGGUGUCGUACACUCCCGCGUUCUUCUCUUUUCUGACGCACCGAUUCGGUCACCAUGUUGCUCCCUGCCUCCACAUCAUUGUGGCCAACAUCUACGUGCUGAUUCCACCCAUGAUGAACCCCGUUAUCUAUGGGGUGAGGACGAAAAAGAUCCGGGAAGCCGUCCUCAGAGUCUUCCAUCUCUCCUCUCCUGGUGAUGCUAAAACGGGCAAGUAA